AUGUCGUCGGGGAAGGGGGAGGCGAAGGUGCCGGUGGCGGGGCGGCGGAACGUGCUGGUGACGAGCGCGCUGCCGUACGUGAACAACGUGCCGCACCUGGGCAACAUCAUCGGCUGCGUGCUCAGCGCCGACGUCUUCGCGCGCUACUGCCGCCUCCGCGGCCACAACGUGCUCUACGUCUGCGGCACCGACGAGUACGGCACCGCCACCGAGAACAAGGCCAUCGAGGAGGGCUGCUCCCCUCUGGAGAUCUGCGACAAGUACCAUGCAAUCCACAAGGAAGUGUACGAGUGGUUCAACAUCAGCUUCGACCACUUCGGCCGGACAUCCACCCCGCAGCAGACAGAGAUCUGCCAAUCGAUUUUCCACAAGCUGCUGGACAACAACUGGCUCUCAGAGAACACAAUGCAGCAGCUCUACUGCGAAUCAUGCCAAAGAUUCUUGGCGGACAGAUUCGUCGUGGGCUCAUGCCCCGUGGAGGGAUGCGGCAACGACACCGCGAGGGGCGAUCAGUGCGACAGAUGCGGGAGGCUGCUGAAUUCGACCGAGCUGAUUGAUCCCAGAUGCAAGGUUUGUGAGGGCAUACCGGUCGUCCGCCAUACGGACCACUUGUUCUUGGAGCUUCCCUUGUUGGAGGAGAAACUGGAGAAGUACAUCGACGAGGCCUCGGCGACCGGAUCAUGGAGCCAGAACGCAGUUCGCAUCACGGAUGCCUGGUUGAAGGAAGGGCUGAGGCCUCGCUGCAUCACCAGGGAUUUGAAAUGGGGCAUCCCUGUCCCACAUGAGAAGUACAAGGAUAAGGUGUUCUAUGUCUGGUUCGAUGCGCCGAUCGGAUAUAUUUCCAUCACGGCCUGCUACACGCCCGAGUGGGAAAAGUGGUGGAAGAACCCAGAGAAUGUCGAAUUGUAUCAGUUUAUGGGCAAAGACAACGUCCCAUUCCACACGGUCAUGUUUCCCUCUGCUCUACUUGGUACUGGUGAAAACUGGACUCUGAUGAAGAAUAUUAGUGUGACUGAAUAUCUCAACUAUGAAUCAGGAAAGUUCUCGAAAACUAAGGGCAUCGGAGUCUUUGGCAAUGACGCCAAAGCCACAAAUAUUCCUGCUGAUGUGUGGCGAUACUACUUGCUUAGUAAUCGUCCUGAGGCAUCAGAUGCAGUUUUCACAUGGGGAGGUUUGCAGAUAAAGCAUAACAACGAGCUGCUAAAGAAUUUGGGCAACUUCAUCUAUCGAGUGCUAAGCUUUAUCGCAAAACCAGAGGGAGCUGGCUACGGCUCCAUCAUACCUGAAGCACCUAAUGCUGAUAUACAUCCAUUGAGUCAGUCGUUAGCAGAAACUGUUGGUAAUUUGAUUCAGCAGUAUACUGAUGCAAUGGACAAGGUCAAACUAAAACAAGGGCUGAAAAUUGCAAUGGCCAUCUCUAGUGAGGGAAAUGCUUACCUUCAAGAGAGUCAAUUUUGGAAGCUUUACCAACAAGAUCCAGCUAGUUGCGCGACUGUGAUGAAAACUUCAGUUGGAGUUGUCUACCUUCUCGCUUGUUUGCUAGAGCCUUUCAUGCCGUCCUUCUCAAAAGAUGUCUUGCAACAGCUGAAUCUCUGUCCGAAUGAGCAUAUUUCUUUUGCCGAUGAAAAGGGGGAGAGUGACAAGGCGAAAAGGCCUUGGGAUCUCAUACCAUCAAACCACAGGAUUGGGAAAAUUGUGCCUUUGUUCACAGAGUUGAAAGAUGAUGCAGUGGAUAGCUUCAGGGAAACAUUUGCAGGCAGUCAGGCCGAAAGAAACGCAAGGGCUAAUUAA